UUUCCGGGAGGAGGAAGAUGGCGGCGCCCAGGGCGCGCGCGUGUCUCCCGGGCGGCGGCGGCGGCGGGAUGGGGCGGACGGUGCUGGUGCGGGGGCUGCCCCCCUCGGCCCGCGCCGCCGACCUGGAGCGGGAGUUCGGGCAGGCGGGGCCGGUGCGGCGGGCGGUGGCCGUGACGGCGCCCGGCGGAGAGACGUGCACCGGGCUGGGCUUCGUCAGCUUCUCCCUGCCGGAGGACGCGCAGCGGGCCCUGAGCGAGAUCCGCACCUUCGGCGGCCGCCGGGUCAGCCUGGCGCUGGCGCGGCCCAAGAAGAAGCGGAGGGCGGCAGGGGGCGGCGAAGAGGCCCCCCGGGAAGCGCCGGAGCCCCCCAAGGCCAGGGGGCCCCCCAAGAAGGCCCGGCUGAUCGUCCGCAACCUCAGCUUCAAGUGCACGGAAGAGGAGCUGAAGAGCGCCUUCGCUGCCUUCGGGACGGUCCUGGAAGCCUCCCUGCCCAGGAAGCCCGAUGGGAAGCUCCGGGGCUUUGCCUUCGUGCAGUUCAGGAAUGUCCUGGAGGCGGGAAAAGCCCUGAAGGGGAUGAACAUGAAGGAGAUCAAAGAGCGUCCAGUGGCCGUGGAUUGGGCCGUGGCCCGGGAGAAGUACCAGGCUGCGCGGGCAGAAGGCAUCCCUGCUGGGAAGAAAGCCCAGCCGGAAGGUGCGGGUGGGAGUGAAGAGAAACCAGGGAGGCCGGAGGCCACUGGGCCCGGCAGGCCCGGCAGGGACCCUCCAAGUCCCACUGUGGAGAGUGAAGACGAAGAGCAGGAGGCCAGCUCCACGGAGCAGGAGGAGGAACUGGGCGAGGCCGGGAGUUCUGAAGAGGAGGAGGAGGAGGAGGAAGAAGAGGAGGAGAGCAACGAGGAAGGAGGAGGAGGGGCAGGGGAGGGGAAGGACCCCGGCCCAAAGCAGAAGCAGCGCUGCUCUGAUGUCGCAGAGGGCCGGACUCUCUUCCUCAGGAACUUGUCCUUUGACACGGAAGAGGAAGAGCUGGGGGAGCUGCUGGAGCAGUUCGGGGACCUGAAAUACGUCCGGAUUGUGUUGCACCCCGAGACAGAGCACUCCAAAGGCUGUGCCUUUGCCCAGUUUGCCACCCAAGAAGCUGCCCAGAAUUGUCUGCAGAGGGCGCAGGAGGAGACUGAGGGUCGUGGGCUUCAUCUGGGGGGCCGCCGUCUCCGGGUGGACUUGGCCGUCAGCCGUGAGGAAGCCCAGCAGCUGCGAAGCCCAAAGACCCCCAAGCCCACCGGCACCCGCAACCUCUACCUGGCCCGGGAAGGCUUGAUCCGGGCUGGCACGAAAGCGGCCGAGGGGGUCAGUGAUGCGGAUAUGGCCAAAAGGGCCCGGUUUGAGGAGCUGAAGCGGCUGAAGCUGAAGGACCAGAACAUCUUCGUCUCCCAGACGAGGCUCUGCGUCCACAACCUGCCCAAGAGUGUGGAUGGGGCCGCUCUGAGGAAGGUCAUGCUGCAGGCGGCGGGUGGCGGCUCCUCUGGCGCCAGGAUCAAGGAGUGCCGGGUGAUGCGGGAGCUGAAGGGGCGGGGCCAGUCCCUGGGCUACGCCUUUGUGGAGUUCCAGCAGCCCCAACACGCCCUGCUUGCCCUGCGCCACGUCAACAACAACCCCCAACUCUUCGGGGACCAGAAGCGGCCUAUUGUGGAGUUCUCCCUGGAGGACGGGCGGAAGCUGAGGCUGAAGGAGCAGCGGGCUGAACGCAGCCGGCAAAAGCUGCGGCAGAAGCAAGCAGCUGCCGGGCCAGCAGGUCAGGGGCCACCGCCCGGCACUGGCCAGCCGGGGGCCCCUCAGAAGCCACCCAAGGGCUCGAAGAAGGCCCCAGGGGCCAAAGGAAAGGCGGGGGGCCCCAGCGGCCCUCAGGCUCCACCACGGCCUAGUGGCCAGAAGAGGAAGCGGCCCGGGCCCUCGCCGAACCCUCAGGCCCCCGAAGGAGCCACCAGCUGGUCAGGCUUCCAGACGCGCCAGGAGCAGGAGACGGUGGAGCUGCCGGACGGCACAAAGCGGCGGAGGGUCCUGGCCCUCCCCUCCCACCGGGGACCCAAGAUCAGGAAUCGCGACAAGGGCCAAGCGAAGAGGGCCCCUCCCAAGAAGAAGAAGGCCGGGCCCAGAGAGCGGAAGCCGCCCAGAGCUGCCCCCCGGGGCCCCCAGAAGAGGCGGGCUGGACAGGGCCGGGCGGAGGUUCGCUUCGAGCAGCUGGUGGAGCGGUACAAGCAGCGGAUCCUGGGGGCUGGCAAGGCCCCCCUGCAGCUCAGGAAGAGCAAGUGGUUCGAGAACUGAGUCGCUCCUCCCCAAGGAAGAGAGGCAGACACCCCCCCACAUCUGGGUGGGGCUGCUGGGAGGUCCCGCCCUUGGGGGGAGAGGAGGAGGUUCCUUGGCAGUGUGUGGGCGGACGUGACACGGGACUUCGGAGCAGACAGGCAGGGUGAAGAGCCCCCUGGAAGUGCUGGGGCCUCUGCCCCCAGAGUGGGGGUCAGUGCCUGUGGAGGAGCAGGGCAAGUGCUGUGGCCAGACCAUCCUUGCCCUGAGGAGGAGGGGCGGGGGGGGUGUCAGCCCUCCCUCUGCGCUGAGCCAGCCCCAGGUGUGCAGGAGUGUCUCCUGGCAACGCAGCCCGGUGGAAGAUGCGCAGGACAAUGGCUGCUGGGGGGAGGAAGAGGAGGAGGAGGGGGCUCCAGGCGUGUCCAUUGCUUAUUUG